AUGUCCGAAGACCCGAAUUUGCAGGACGUGGUGGGUAUUGAUGUCCUUGGUAAUGUCACAAGCGCUUCACAAAUCGUCGCCCAUCCCAGCGAAACCUUCAUGUACAUCGUCACUAAGUACUCAAACGAGCUGAUUGUCGUUUCUUUGGCAGGUGACACCCUCUCUCCGCUUCAAGCAGUCAUUACGGCCUUUACCCUCAAUGUCACAACCGGCGAGGUGGUAGAUGUCGCUGCCCGUGCGAGCUGGCAGGGAUUUGGCGAAGGCCAGCUCACGGCAGCGCCUUUUGAUGAUGGCGAUGUAGUCGCUAUCACAGACUCUCCGACGGCAUACAUCACUAUACUCGGUCUCGAUCAAUCCACAUUGCCAAGCGCCCGCAUAGGCGAGGAUUUUGGCCUUCACGACUAUUUGUAUGCCAUGCAAGUUGAUGAGAGGAAACGCAAAGACAUACAAAUGGCUGCACCGAAAAUCAAGAGCUAUGGUCGCGUUUUUGUUGACGAUCACGUCAACUUAGGUGACUGUGCGUGGAUCGAUUGA